AUGCCUGCAACCAGUCUAUGCCAAGAGGAAUGUAUUCCGUACAGCCUCAUGGACGAUUAUAGCGAAGGAGCCCACCCACAAAUCCUCGAGGCUCUUUUGCGAACAAAUUCCACACAACAAGUCACUUAUGGCAAUGACGAGUUCAGCAAUGCUGCCCGUCACUUGAUCCGGGAUAAGAUUGGCUGCACUGAAGACGAGGCUGAUAUCUUCUUCGUGCCAAGCGGAACAUCCGCAAACCUUAUCUCAAUCGCCAGCUGCCUCCGGCCCUACGAGGCCGUCAUCACCCUCGACUCGGGUCAUAUCGCCUGCAAAGAGGCCGGUGCGAUCGAGGCAACAGGCCACAAAUUGAUCCUAGUCCCCGCCGUCGAUGGCAAAAUGACACCCAACAAUCUCCAAAAGGCAAUUCAACAAAAUCAAUUCUUCCCUCAUAUGGCCAAGCCCCGCCUCCUCUAUAUCUCCAAUGCGUCCGAGACCGGAACCGUAUACACGAAACGAGAGUUGACCAACCUCUCGGCGAUUUGCAAACAACAAAAUCUCUUGCUUCUUAUGGACGGUGCCCGAAUCGGUACGGCGCUUGCCUCCCCGAAAAACGAUCUCACCCUGCAAGAUAUCUUCCAAAUGACUGAUAUCUUCUGGAUCGGUGGUACCAAGGCCGGUGCCCUGAUGGGUGAAGCCAUCGUCGUCAAGAAGGCGCUGGCCGACGGCUUCGUCUUCCACCUUAAGCAACACGGCGCUUUGCUGGCCAAAGGCCGAAUCCUCGGCGUGCAAUUUAUGGAACUAUUCCGCACCGACCUUUUCUUUAAAUUGGCUUCCCACGCCAACAACAUGGCCCAGAGCAUCUCGGCCAAUUUUGAACAGCUGGGCUACAGACUGGCUGCCGAGACGGAAACAAACCAGGUGUUUGUCAUUCUCCCUCAGCCAUUGGUGCGGAAUCUGCUGGACAGAUUCCGAUUCUAUAUCUGGGAGCAAAUGGAUGAUGGAAACUCCGUGGUCCGGCUAGUCACUUCUUGGGCUACGGACGAGAUGGAAGUCAACAAAUUCAACGCCUGGGUGCAACAGUGGACUGUGGCGAACAAUUGA